UUUGACUAUUUCUUUCUUUCCCAUCUUUAACUAUAGCUUGGAACCUCUAUUUUAUGUGUUCAUAAUCGAUCAUGUUAUUAGUCUGGUUUCAUUAGUUAUGUGCUAAAUUUCUCUAUGAUUAAGCAAAUGGGGUAAUAAAGCUGAUAUUUAACACUGCACUUGGCAAAUCCUCGUUUUUAAAGGAGUGAAGUUUGAUGAGAUCUUAAAAUAGAGAAUUCGUGUUGAUAUUUUUUGUUGUGAAUUUGGUUUUGUGAUUGCCCGUACACAAGUUAUGUCCUUUUGUGGUCUUGCUAGAGUCAUAUGUUCCUUUCACCUUAGGAAAGCAAAUGGAGUCUUUGAGUAUUUCUGACAUUUUACUUGGCAUGUCAUCCUGCUGCAGUCUGAUAUUUACUGAGAUCUUGGAAUAGAGGACCUGUGCUCAUAAUUAAUGAUAUGUUAUGAAGCUUGAUGAGGACUGCGGCAGUCCGAUGGAGCAAAAUACAUUGUGGUCUUUCACAUUUCACUUGGCAAAUCGUCCUAAUGUGGCCUGAAUUUUACUGAGAUCUCGAAACGGAGCAGCACUUUAAUGAUGUUAUGAAGCUUGAUGUGUUGUCUAUUAGCGAAACAUUCCAACUCUAGUCACCGUAAUCUGACAUGAAGCUUUAUGGAACAGUGGAGCAGAGGAUGUCGCAGUGAUAGAGUAUGAGAUGCUAACGGGACGACCAUUUAGCAUGCUCAGCCGAGACGUACAGAAUCCAUGAUGCGGUGGAGAAACAUUACAGCAUCCACAUUGAGCGCAUGUUCCCGGAUGCCGCAGAGGUGCAGGCCAUCCUCGUUCAACAAAGAUGGGGACCAGGAGUCGUGCAGAGCCAGGAAGGAUGCUGAAAGGUACCUGUUCAUGCUUGGAUCACCAAACAGAGGAAGAAGGAUCAAUCUCUCGUUCCCAGCGAUUGUUAUUCAGGUCGAUUAUGUUUUUGGAGACGUCAAUGGUCUUGGUAGCUUGAGAAAAUGGAACCCGGUCGCGAAUGUGGAUGGAUGGCAAGGAGCUGCAUCGUCUAACAGUGCCUUACCACCAAGUGGCCGAUGUGACUUUACAAUCACGUCACAGGCGACGGAAGCCUCGUAUAUGGGGAGGGGAGUCGGUUGGCCAACGAGUUGGGGAAGCUCUGCGCUCAUGUUGCGGUAGCCAUUUGCGCAGAAAGAACUUGUCUUCUUCCACAAGAACACAUCUCAGCACCUCUGAAAGGUGGGAUGUCGAUUCGCCUACUGCCAUUUGUCGAUGCUCUUCGAUGAUGUUAGACCAUGAUCAUCUGGAUGUCGGAUGAUACAUCGUAUCAUCAAACCCUGUGGCUUGGUUAGCUUCUGCUACUGAGUUCCCCCUUUCUACUUCACUUCUCUCGGUUUCCUUCGAAUGGCUUUGGAGGUCGUACAUGGAGAAGGAUAUAUUCUACUGUAUAGUGAAUCGAACUGACGUCUGUCAUCGUAUUUUUAAGAGUGAUCUUAAUUUUGGCUUCCUGAAUCA